GGUAUAAACCAGGGGACAGUGGGUUUUCUGUUGUUGUGAAGCCCUCUGUCCUGGCGGCCUGCAACCCCUCCACUCACACUUUCUUUCUUUCUCCUCCUUCCACUCACUCACUCACUCACUCUCCCUCCAGAGUGGGACUCUUCCUCGACACACUCCUGUCAGGUCUGCAGCAUCCGUCUUUUGGGAGCUCCUUAGAAGCCAGAAACCAUGCUGACGUUUUUGGCGCUGGCGUCGGUUGCCCUCCUGGGAAUAGUGCCUGAGCAGUCCCAGGCCAUUAUGAUUUACACCGGCUGGGAGCGCCACGCCCUGGUGGGCGGCGACGUCCGGCUUUCUUGCUCCUUCUUCUCCUGGCGCUGGACCUCGGAGGAAGUCACCUUCUCCUGGACAUACAGGCCUGACGGCGCCCGGGACAGCAUCUCUAUCUUCCACUACACCGGUGGUGUGGCCUAUGUGGACAACAAGGGACCGUUCAGGGACCGGGUGGAGUUUGUGGGGAACCCGGGCCGCCGCGAUGGCUCCAUCCUGAUCAAGAACCUGGACUACACUGACAACGGCACCUUCACCUGCGAUGCCAAGAACCCCCCUGACAUAGUGGGCCGGCCCUCCAGCGUGCGCCUGCUGGUCUUUGAGAAGGUGCCCAUCCAGGCUGGCGUGAUCACAGGCGCCAUCAUCGGGGUGGUGCUGGGCCUGCUGGUGCUCAUCGUGGUCAUCUACUACCUAAUGAGGUUCCUGGUGGCGCGCCGCGUCUUCAGCCUCAGUGUCAGCAAACAUGGCAAGAAAAAGAAAGAGGGAUCACAGCAGAGACAGGGCCCUGUGCCUGCCGCCGACCCCUCCAAGAUAAAGGUCUGACUUCUCCAUGACUGCCUCCACUCCUCUAGUCUGCUCCCUCCUUUUCUGCCCAGCCUGAUGCAACCCCCAUUAUUUCCCAUUAUCUCUACUCUUUCAAGACAGCACUGGCUGUAAGAAUAGUCCUACUAUAUCAGUGGCAACCGUGUCAAAUAUUUUUUUACAAUGGCUGAUUAGAAAACCUGUAUGCACUCAUUGGGCAAACUGUAAAAACAGUUUAAGGCCUAACAACGCACAUAACUUUCUUAAGAGAAACCCGAAAAUACAUCCCUCUGUGUUAAGAGUCUCCUGAAUCUUCACCCUUAAUGUUUACGACUCAAUCUCACACACACACACACACACACACACACACACACACACACACACACACACACCACACCGCACACAUACACAGAGCAGAGCUGCGGGUGCACUCUGGACUUCAGAUAGAUAAAAAGAGAGACGGAGAGGAGAGUGAUAGCGGGAGAGAAAUAUGAUUCCUGCUCUCAGCCGGGCGUAGAUAGAGGUUCAAGCCCUCGAGCUUGGGGUGAUUCAAUCCUUUCAACAUUUGAGCUAAUGGAGGUUGUCGCCGUGUCCCUGCCCCAGCUAAAGGGGGCUAUUUCUGGCCCUAUAAGAGCGUGCGGGCUUACUGUAACAGCUGCACAUUUUUUAGCUAACGGGGGGGGGGUGGUGUGGUGUGAGAAAAAGAAAGAGGUGAGCAGGGUGGGUAGGUGGGGGGCCUGCUGUGCUUUUUGUGCCUGAGAGCAUGAGGCUGUCCGCUGUUGACCCGACGGCCGGCUACUGACAACCUUGAAUGACGUCACGGCGCGUAGGGCUGGCGGAUGCUCUCAGGAGUCUGACGAAAGGGCUUUA